CCCCUUCCUGACUGCUUCUUUGCCCACUUCUUGCUUUUGCAUUCCACUUCCCGACAGUACAGAACAGAGCAUCAUGGCCGCCGACCGUCUCUCCUCGAUCCUCAACCACCUGAAACCGUCCGGAGCCAGCGGACUCUCCGCCAUCACGCAGAAGAACCCCGACGAUGUAGUCAUCACGCUCGCGCUGCGCACGCCGCUCACCAAAGCCGUCAAGGGUGGCUUCAAGGACACCGAGCUGGACUACCUGAUCUACGCGCUCCUGAAAGAACUCCUGUCUAAAUCGAAGCUCGACCCCGCUCUGGUCGAGGAUGUCUGUCUAGGAAACGUCAACGACGGCAAAGCCGCCUACCUCGUCCGCGCCGCCUCCCUCGCCGCCGGCAUCCCGCACACGGCGGGCGGAUCGUCCGUGAACCGCUUCUGCUCGUCGGGGCUGAAAGCCGUGCAGGAUAUCGCGAACCAGAUCCAGCUCGGGGCCAUCGACGUCGGCAUUGCCGUCGGAGCGGAGCUGAUGUCCGCGCCUGGCGAUCGGAUGCCGCGCCCGUUCAACGAGGAAGUCCUCCGCAACCAGGAGGCGGCGGAUUGCAUGCAGCCGAUGGGACAGACGUCGGAGAACGUGGGCGCGGACUUUGGGAUCACGCGCGAGCAGCAGGAUCGGUACGCGGCGGAGUCGUUCCGGCGGGCGGAGGAGGCGCAGAAGGCGGGGUGGUUUGAUGAUGAGAUCGUGCCGAUUAAGACGACCGUCAAGGAUCCGAAGACCGGCGAGGUGAAGGAGGUUACUUUGACGAAGGAUGAGGGCGUGAGGUAUGGAACGACUGCGGAGUCACUUGGUAAGAUUCGUCCCGCUUUCCCGGGGUUUGGGAAUCGGAGCACCGGGGGGAAUUCGAGUCAGGUUACCGAUGGUGCCGCUGCCGUGCUUCUCAUGCGCCGCUCCAAGGCUAUUGAGCUGAACCAGCCCAUUCUGGCCAAGUUCUGCGGUGCCACGGUUGCGGGUGUGCCGCCGCGCAUCAUGGGCAUUGGCCCGACGGCGGCGAUCCCCAAGCUGCUGUCCCAGUUCAACCUGAGCAAGGACGAUAUCGACAUCUACGAGAUCAAUGAGGCGUUCGCCUCCAUGGCCGUCUACUGUCUGAACAACCUGGGUCUGGAGCACGCCAAGGUGAACCCGCGCGGCGGCGCCAUCGCGCUGGGCCACCCGCUGGGGGCGACAGGCGCGCGCCAGAUCUGCACGGUGCUGAGCGAGGCCCGACGCACGAAGCAGAAGGUCCUGGUGACGAGUAUGUGCAUUGGCACGGGCCAGGGCAUGGCAGGGUUGCUGGUGAAUGAGCAGGUAUAAAGUCGGUUCAUGUCAUUAUCAUAUUGUAACUUAAUGCCAUGCUAUGUAUGCGUGUACACAAGCAAAAAUUGUACAGCGUGCACUGCGGUA